AUGGAGGAGAGGCCACCUCCGAGAGCGAAACCAGUGCUCCAGAAGCCCCCAGGCUACAGGGAUCCAGCGGCGCCGGCGCCGGCGCCACCGAGGCCUCCGGUUCGCAAGCAGCCGCUGCCCCCAUCUUUCCGCGGCAUCAACGCCAAACACGGCCGGCACCGCUCCCGCCGCCCCUGCUUUUGCUGGUUUUGCUGCUGGCUCUUCAUCCUCCUCGUCGUUCUCUUCUUCGCCAUCGCCAUCGCCGGGGGCCUCUCCUACCUCUGGUUCCAGCCGAAGCUCCCCUCCUUCCACUUCGAGUCCAUCCAGAAUCCCAAAUUCAACGUUACGGCCAAGCCCGACGGUUCCUUCCUCGACGCCACAACGGUCGUCCGGAUACAGAUCGCAAACCCAAACCGGAAGAUCAGCGUCACCUUCUCCCCCACUGAGGCCUCGGUCACCGUCCCCGGCGACGGCGACAGCGGCGACUCCUCCCUCGGGUCGGGAACCUUCCCGGCGUUCGACCUGGGGAAGAAGAACUCUACUGUAAUCCGGCUCGAAGCUCGAGUGCAAGGGGCGGCGGUGGACGAAGUUCAGGGAAAGAGGCUCAGCUCCCAGUUCCGCAGCAAGAGCCUGCGCGUAAUGGUUGAGCUCCAGACGCGGCUGAGGAUCCUGCACGGCGGCAAGAAGAGCGGGACGGUGCCGGUGAAAGUCCUCUGCGGCGGCGACGGCGGCCUCACCUUGAAGCAGCUGGAAGGAGGUGCCUCCCCCAAAUGCACCAUUAAUCUCUUCAAGUGGUCAGUUCCUCCAUCCUCCAUUCUUCAUCCUCCUCCUCCUCCUCCGGCGGCCCCUCGCCGACCCCACCGUCUGUUGCCAUGGGGCCGGCGGGCAUGUGCUCUGAUACCGCGCGAACCCGAGCUCAUUCCAGAUCACCAUCCUCACUCGACCUACCUGAUAAUUGCAGGAUCAAUCUGCCCUGA